UGAAAUUAAUGGAUCUCCGUAUCUGCUGUCCCAUAAUGUUUGGCAUCAUGGAGGAAUGUGGUGUAAACAAUGCUUGUAUGCGGAAAUGUUUUGUUAACUUUUUGUGAUUUUUAAUAUAAUUUCACAAUUCUUAAAAGUAUUGUCAUUUUCAGACGAUCCAUGCACAAUGGUGAAACAGACUAUUCAAAUAUUUGCCCGAGUGAAACCCACGAAACCAACAAAGACUGGGCUGUAUGAAAUUGAUGAGGAUGAAGAAGGUUUUCCAAGAUUGGAAGUUGUGGUUCCAAGAGAACUCGCAUCUGGUUUUAUCAACAAUAAAAAAGAAAAUUAUAAAUUCAGAUUUGACAAAGUUUUUGACCAAAAAACAAAUCAGGAUGAAAUUUUUUUGAAUGUGGCGAAGCCAGUGAUAGAUAAGUGAGUACAUAAUAUAUAU